AUGGAAAAGGAUCCAGAAAAACGCGAGACCAAGGAGAAAUUAUGUGAAAAUAAAGAAGAAAUAGAAGAAAAUCGUGAUGGAAGACAGGAAUUAUGUGAAAAGAAUAAUGAAAAAAAAGAGAAUAGAAAUGAAGAAGGCAAGAAGAAAAGUGUAAUUGACGAAGAAGAAAAUUUGGAAAGGAAUUUGAGAAUGAGGCAAGAGAUGAAAGAAAAAGAUAGAGAUAUUGAACGUUUGCAAUGGGAAAUUCGAAGACUAGGUGGAAAGAAGGAUGAAAAAAAGGAGAAUAGAAAUGAAGAAGGCAAGAAGAAAUGUGAAAUUGACGAAGAAGAAAAUUCGGAAAGGAAUUUGAGAAUGAGGCAAGAGAUGCAAGAAAAAGAUAGGUAUGAAUAUAAUAAAUUUAAUUUUUAG